AUCCGGACUGUGAGGUUGAAGCGCUUGCACCGAUGAGCAGCAUCUUCCAGCACCUCCUCGAGCGGCAGGUCCGCCCGACGUCCCGGCGAUCGCUGUACAAGCAUGGCAGCGCUCCGCGUCCGAUCCGGCUCCGGCGCCACGUAGCAGUGCACAAGGCGGCAGCCGUCGCGGAGAUCACACUCGGUGGCAACAUCGUGUUUUGCCGCAUGGACGAUGGAGCUUGCUUCGCCAUGCACGGACGCACCACAGCGCGCAUGAACCUCUCGCCCACCGAGCGCGUACGCUCCAUCUACUACAAUCCACUGAACGCGUCUCUCGUGCUCACGGCGACGUGGGACAAGGACGUCACGGACGAGGUGCACUGCCGGUCCGUGAGCCAUCGGCAGAAUGCUUUUGCUGGCGAGUCGCUUCGGUGGCCCGGGUUUCUCGAGUUUGACGAGGCCAACGGCAAGAUCCUGACGGCGUCGACGCCGCACAUGCUCUACAAGGUCUGGGACUUGCGCACAUAUACGCUGCUCUACGCGCUCGACAACGCCGUGCCCAUGCGUGAGGUGAAGACGAGUCCUGGGCUGCUGCUGGUGCAAUGGAACACGCAUCGCGCCGCGUCGCGCCGAGCGCCUUCGCUGUCCGUGCUCGACAUUGACACGGGACAGGUUGUCGCCCACCUCGCGCCAGCCAUGCUGCGGCAGCGCGUCGUCUUGAUCGAGCUCUUCGACAGCAUGCUCGUGUACAAGCAAAGGCAUGAGCACCUGCGCGUUCUCAACCUGUGUACGAGCCAGUGCGUCGUGAUUCCCGCGACCCGGCAUGUCCCCGUCCAUGGCUUUGCCUUCCUCUACGCCGCCAAGCUCUUUCUCGUGACCGACCUUGUCGCUUCGGUCCGCGUCUAUUCCAUCGCGGGCUCGCUUCUCUCCACGUACGACUGUGCUCCUGCUCCUGCGGCGGCUGAUGGUCUCAUGGGCACGGGGUAG